AUGACAGAAAUUCAACGUCCAAAGUCUGCAACAACGGUUUUUCUAGACCAGCCGCCCAGCUGUCUCGAAUUCUGCCCCGAAAUUCCCGAUCACUUCGUCGUGGGCACGUACCUCCUCUCAGAAACCAAGAACGAAGAGGAUGAGAUCGAACAAACGAAAACCGGCAGCGUGCAGCUGUGGAAAUUAGAUCCUGCCACAAACAAUUUAUCAUUGGUACAAAGAGUGUCGCUUCCAUAUGCAGUCUUUGAUUUGCACUUCCACCCCAGAGACAAAAGCAAAUUUGCCAUCGCAAGCAGUACGGGGUGCGUGGCUCUAUUCAGUGUCUCUGCUACGCAGCCAAGCAUUCAUCACUUAUGGACAAAGCAAGUCCAUGACGACCCUUCGAUCCCGGCGCUUUUUCUUGCCUGGGCUUCACAGGACUGGUUCUCCCAAACUGGCGCCGAUGGGUUCGCAGUGACCUUUUCAGACAGUCGGACAGCCAUCUUCGGUACAACCGGCGAUAUCGCAGAUGACAACGCAAUUACCGAAUGGAGGUCGUUCGAAGCGAGACAGAUGAUUGAAGUCUGGUUUGUGGCGUUGGCUGCGGUGAAAUUGUCCGAGAAUGAAGAUACGAUCCCAUUCAUAUUCACUGGAAACGACUUCGGAUCUCUUCAUACGCACCGACUUGCAUCACACAACCACAACGAGCAGGAUCAUGAUGAGCCGCUCGCAAAUACACUCCUUGAUCACGACGAUCGAGCCCGUCACCACACCGCGGGCGUUACAUCUAUAUUACCCCUCCCAGUACCACUAAUGGAUGAUGCUCCCAUUCUAUUGACCGGUAGCUACGACGAAGGGCUGCGUGUAUACCACGCCACUCGGCGCGGUGAAGUCCUUGCUGAGCAGCGUCUUGAUGGCGGUGUCUGGCGGUUGCAGCUGCUCAGAUCGGAGGUAUCUGGCCCACAGCGACAAUUUUGGGUUUUAGCAAGCUGCAUGCAUGCUGGCACAAGAGUUGUCAAGGUCACUCAAGAGCAACAGGACCAGGGCGCGGAAUGGGGAAUUGAGGUGUUGGUAGAGUUUACUGAGCAUGAGAGCAUGAACUAUGCGAGUGACGUGUGGAAGGGCUCGGGCUCGGUAUCAUCUGAGCUGCUCUGCGUUUCGAGUAGCUUCUACGAUCGCCGCCUUUGCAUUUGGCGGGCGACUGUAUAA